AUGCAACUCAUUAAUAUCAUCAUUCUAUCUCUCGGCCUCAGUGCCUCCGCCAUGCCCGUUCCUGGCGAUGACCACUCCGUCUCGCACAAUGGCGGAAACAAGGGUGACAAGAACGAUAACUAUGGCGAUCAUGGCAACAAUGGAAAUCAUGGCCAUGACAACGACCGUGGCAAUAACGGAAAUCAUGAUAACAAUGGAGGCAACAAAGGUUAUGGCGGAGUAUCUCACUCAUACAGAGAUGACAAGCACGACAAUUAUGGAUGGAAUAAGGGCUCUGGUGGAGACAACAAAGGUUAUGGCGGAGACUAUAACAACGGUGGCAAGAACGACGAUUACGGCAAUUCUCAUGGAUAUGGUGGACUUUCCAGCUCAUAUGGAGAUGACAAGAACGACAACCAUGGAUAUGGUGGAGGCUCCAUUCACAGAAGAGGCGGCAGAGAUGACAAGCAUGGCAAAGGCAACAAACAUGAUGAUGACAGGCACGACAAUGACAAACACGGUGGCGGAAAGCAUGACAAUGAUGGACAUGACGACCACAAGCACGGUAGUGGAAAACGUGAUAACGGCAAGCAUGGUAGCGGGAAGCAUGAUAACGACAAGCACGACAAUGACAGACACGGUGGCGGAAAGCAUGACAACGAUGGACAUGACGAUCACAAGCACGGUAGUGGAAAACGCGACAACGACAAAUACGACAACGACAAAUACGACAAUGACAAAUACAACAACGACAAAUAUGGCAGCGGGAAGCAUGAUAACGACAAGCACGACAAUGGCAAACACGGCAGCGGAAAACAUGACAAUGAUGGACAUGACGAUUACAAGCACGGUAGUGGAAAACGCAAUAACGACAAGCACAACGACAACAAGCACGACGACAACAAGCACGACGACAACAACAACAACUACGGAUGGAACAAAGGCAACAGCGAAUAUUCCUCUUCCUCCUGGUAA